CAAACAUGUAAGCUAGCUUUCACCAUAUAUUUAUUGUUUCUAGCUUUAAACAUUACUGAAGGUCUAGCUACCAUAAUCUUAGAAAAAAAACCUGUAGUUCUCAUAUAUACCUAUCUUAUUUGAGUAAUGGGUGACAAGAAGCCUUAUUUGGCUGUGCUUUUAGUGCAAUCAAUCUAUGGUGGUAUGUUCAUGCUAUCCAAGGCUGCUUUCAAUGGUGGUAUGAACAACUAUGUGUUUGUCUUCUAUAGACAGGCAGCAGCAACUCUUUUCUUAGCCCCUUUUGCUUUCUAUUUCGAAUGGAAAAAUAGACCAACCCUAUCGUUCGUGACCUUCUGCAAAAUUUUCUUCCUCUCUCUAUUUGGGAUUAGUUUGUGCUUGGAUAUAUUUGGUAUUGGCAUCGUCUAUGCAUCUGCAACUUUGGCUGCUGCAAUUUCAAACUGCCUUCCUGUCGUCACUUUCUUCUUGGCACUUCUACUUAGAAUGGAGGUGUUGAGAUUGAGGUCAGUCUCAGGGAUUGCGAAGAUUGUUGGGAUAAUAGCAUGUAUUGCUGGUGCAAUAACCCUUGCCUUAUACAAGGGUCCCCACUUUAAUCUUCUGUGUCUUCAUCACCUCUUUGAGAGCCAUAACAGCCAUGGAAUUGUAAGUCAUGUUCCUUCUAGCCAAACCAGGAUAAAGGGUUGCUUCCUCUUGUUCGUGUCCAACAUCUUAUGGGGCUUAUGGCUCGUGUUGCAGGGACAGGUUCUGAAAGAUUACCCAUCAAAGCUUCUAUUCAUAACUCUUCAGUGCUUUCUAAGCACAAUUCAAUUAUUUGCCAUUGCCAUUGGCUUUGAAAGAGAUCCUCGUGAGUGGGAGCUGGGCUGGAAUGUUAGACUUCUUGCUGUGGCUUACUGUGGAAUUGUGGUGACUGGUGUUACAUUCUACUUGCAAGCAUGGAUUAUAGAGAAGAAAGGGCCAGUGUUUUUAGCCAUGUCUACACCAGUCACUUUGGUCUUUACAAUGUUCUUUUCUGCUAUUCUACUAUGCGAGAUCAUCACUUUGGGAAGUGUUUUGGGUGGGCUCAUGUUGGUCGCAGGUCUUUAUAGUGUUUUAUGGGGAAAAAGCAAAGAAGAGAAAAUGAAUGAUGCGAAGUGUUUAAAAGCUGAAGUUGACAAAGAACGCUCAGAGUUGAAACAAGUAGUGCCGGUGGAAACUAAGGGCCCAUCUUUAGUUUAACAUUUAUGUUCUUGCUUUCCAUGCUAGCACUAGCUAGUGGCUACUGCCUUCAAGGGCAUUAAUUAAACUUCCCAAGUAAACAGGAAGUCAUUGCAUGCUUUUCCCCCCAUUAGACAAGCUAGAGAAAGGGGAUUUUUACAUGUAAUAUCCUUUUCUAAAAGAAGUGUGGCGAUCGAUUAAUCUAAA